CUAUAUAAGGCGCCUCGUGUUCCGUCCUCACACAGUCAGUCGUCGGCGAUCGUGCAGUCAGCUGCUUGCAACAUGAUGAUCCGUAUGCUCCUCCUCCUGGUCGUGACAGCCGUUGUCUUCACGGCUGCCACGGGAAACGCCGGCGGUUGCAGAUAUUUCUGCAAGAAGUGGCGACCGGGGGACGAAACGAGGCCCAGUUACUGCUGUGACGAUGGAACGGUUAGCGACCCGCCUCCCCCUACCGAACACAGCGGAUUCUGCCCCGACAUUCGGCAACACUGCCUUCGCUUUAAAAACAAACCACCAAAUGCGUGUCCCCACGACGGUUUCUGCCCGCCCCACCAGAAGUGCUGUUGGGACACCUGCUUGGACCAUCAUACAUGCAAACUCGCUGAGCCUGUUAAUCCAGUCCACUUUUAAAGUAAUAGCUGAGCCUCCGAGGGUGCGCUCCGUAAUUUGUUGAGUUUAUUGUUGAGUUCUGUUUUUGCCGUGCUGUCUAUUGGAAACACGUGAGAGGCUUCAUCUCUGUAUUAUUUAUAGGCAAUAAAUAACGAUCUUA